AUGGUCCGUGAAGACCCUCCCAUUCGAGUGGUGGAUGCGGAUAUAAAGAGCGAUCUCCGCUUCCUUUCGCAUCGUCAUUCCACCCACGCGAAGAGGUCGACGAUGGACGUGAAGCAGAAGCCUCAGAGUCUGAGGCCCAUCGCGUUCGCGGCGACCGUGUUCAGCACCGUGGCCAUCACCGCCUGUCUGAUCACGUUCCCGCUGAUUCUGCACUACAUUCAGACGCUGGAAAGCCAUGUGCAGCUGGACCUGGACUUUUGCAAAGUGAGUUGGAUGAGUUUUUAGAGAGAUUACUGAAGUUCUGGACAAAGUUAUAACCACACUUUUAAAAUUGCUGUAACUUUUUUCGCUGUCGAUAAAAAUAUGUCGUAUUUGGCACCAAUAUUCAACGGUGUCCUACAAAUAUUGUGCCAGAAAAUUAUUUCGGGAAAUUUCCCCAAUUUUGAAAAAAGUUCAAAAAAAAUUGGUCAUACUGAUGAAUAUUGGUGCCAAACAUGACACACUUUUAUUGACAACCAAAAAAGUUACAGCAAUUUUUCAAGUGUGGUUAUAAUUUUGUCCAGCACUGUAUCAAUCUGUCGGAAAAAUAAUGAGUCUAUCGCAGCGAAAAUCGCAUCGCUGUCAAGAAAAUGAAUAGUGUCGCGAGAAAAUCAAAUUGCUCUUCACUUUAGCUACGCGACCGGCGCAGCGAAAAUGUGCUCAUUAUUUUGCCGACAGACUGAUACCCGAGACAAAAAGUCCUGAUUACUUUGUCACACCUGGUGGUGUUUAUCAGUCUGCCGGGAAAAUAAUGUGGACUCGUCGCGCCUUCAAAUCGCCGCCCAUUAUCGCUACGCGUAGGCUCUGGCCGCGGGCGAAGAUUUGUUGUGCGACUGCGACAAGGUGAGACAUUUUGCUGCGACAAAUCCACAUUAUUUUCCCGACAGACUACAGAAACCUUAUUGUCAGUCCGUCGGGAAAAUAAUGACCGCAAUGUCGCUGCGCCGAUCGCGUCACUGCAGCCAUAGGAAACUUGACUUUGCCGCGACGCGAUUCAUUUUCUCGUCGGCGAAGCGAUUUUCAACGCGACGGAGUUCUCAUUAUUUUCCCGACAGACUUACAGUCCAUUACAAGCUCGUUUUUUCCCCAAAUAAGACUAGCAAAGUCUUCUUCCCACUAUUCCUCCCAUAAAUCUCAUAUUUUCAGUCGCGUUCCCGCGACAUGUGGAAGGAAAUGUUCGAGAUUCGCACUGGCAACACCCGGGACUCGGCCAGACUGGCGCGCCUCGUCCUGAACCAGCGUCGUCUGCAGAAGCGCGACACUAUCGCCGACUUCUGGAACCGUCGUUUGCACGAUAUGCAAUUGCGCGACGAGCCGGUCGAACCGCAACGCGACUACGCCCAUGCUCCCACACCGAACACGUACGAGCAGCCCGAGCCCUCGUACGCCCCACCUCCGGCCCCAACCACCGCUCGCCCAACUUAUGACCAGUUCGUGGAGACCCCAUCGACUGGAUGUUGUACUUGCCAACGAGGUCGUCCCGGACCCCCAGGCCCUCCGGGUCGCGACGGAAUCCCCGGAUUGGAUGGUGAGCCAGGUCCGCUUGGCCCUCCCGGACCACCAGCCCCACCUGGACCGGACCCAUUGAGCCUGUUCCCUCCGCAAUGCCCGUGCGAAGCGCCGCAAGGAGAUAUCGGACCGAAAGGCCCUCCCGGCCCCGACGGACCACCCGGCCCGCCAGGCCCGAACGGAGAAGAUGGCAAACCCGGAGAGCAAGGCCCUCGAGGACCUCCUGGCUUGCCAGGACAACCAGGACAAUCAGGAAGGCCCGGCCCGCCAGGAGAACCCGGAGUUUAUCGGACCGAGGUUGGCCCACCCGGAAGACCGGGAGUCCCGGGACGUCCAGGCCCACCAGGACAGCCAGGACCUCCAGGAAAGGCUGGACCCGACGGACCAAGUGGAAAACAAGGUCCGCCCGGCCCACCAGGUCCACCCGGCCAACCAGGACCCAACGGUCAGCCGGGAAGUCCAGGACGCCCUGGAGAUGUUGGUAAGUGUUGGAUGGGGGGAGAAAAGGGCUUUAAAAUGUGCUGAUUUAUCAGUCUGUCGGGAAUAUAAUGAGCGUCUUACAAGUCUCAAAAACUCCCAUUUUCUUGGGUUGUUGUCGCAAACGUCUGUAUUAUUCUGUCGGGAAAAUAAUGAGCAUUCUGUCGCUGUGCCAAUCGUGUCGCUGAAGUGAAAAGCAAUUUGAUUUUGCUGCGAGACAAUUCAUUUUUUCAUGCGAUUUUCGCUGCGACAGCGUGCUCAUUAUUUUCCCGACAGACUGAUACAGGCCUUUUUAACAAUAAACCCAACUAAUUGGAGGUUUAGAGGCUUGUAUACCAAAUUUCCAACAGUUUUUUUUAACCUUAUUAAUUUACUCUUUUUUAGGAGCCCCCGGAACCUGCGACCACUGUCCUCCAGCUCGUCUGGCUCCUGGCUAUUAA